GAGGCGCCAUGUCCGAGACUGCGCCCGUUGCCGCGCCCGAAGUCGCCGCCGCUCCGGCUGCGGCCCCAGCGAAAGCUACGGCCGCUAAGAAACCGAAGAAAGCGGCGGGUGGCUCCAAAGCCCGCAAACCUGCCGGCCCCAGCGUCACCGAGCUGAUCACCAAGGCCGUCUCCGCCUCCAAGGAGCGCAAGGGGCUCUCCCUCGCCGCCCUCAAGAAGGCGCUGGCUGCCGGCGGCUAUGACGUUGAAAAGAGUAAUAGCCGCAUCAAGCUGGGACUCAAGAGCCUUGUCAGCAAGGGCACGCUGGUGCAGACUAAGGGCACCGGCGCCUCUGGCUCCUUCCGCCUCAGCAAGAAGCCCGGAGAAGCGAAGGAAAAAGCCCCCAAGAAACGGGCAGCCCCGGCCAAGUCCAAGAAGCCGGCAGCCAAGAAGCCCGCCAGCACUGCUAAGAAGCCCAAGAAAGCGGUGACAGCGAAGAAGAGCCCCAAGAAAGUUAAGAAGCCGGUGGUUGCUGCUGCCAAGAAAGCAGCUAAGAGCCCCAAGAAGGUGGCGAAGGCUGCCAAGCCCAAAAAGGUAGUGGCAGCAGCGAAGAGCCCGGCCAAAGCGAAGGCGGUGAAGCCGAAAGCGGCCAAGCCCAAGGCGGCCAAGCCGAAAGCAGCCAAGGCAAAGAAGGCGGCGCCCAAGAAAAAAUAA